CAGACGGACGGGGCUUCGGCGAUGCUGCUCAUGUCGGAGGAGAAGGCUCUGGCGAUGGGAUACAAACCCAAGGCCUACCUGAGGGACUUCGUGUACGUGUCCCAGGAUCCAAAGGACCAGCUGCUGCUGGGGCCGACCUACGCCACCCCCAAAGUGCUGGAGAAGGCCGGUCUCACCAUGGCCGACAUCGAUGUGUUCGAGUUCCACGAGGCUUUUGCCGGGCAGAUCCUGGCCAACCUGAAGGCGAUGGAUUCGGACUGGUUUGCGCAGAACUACAUGGGCAGGAAGGCCAAG